AUGCGCCGUAGUGACAGUAAAGAAUCUCUUUUUUCUAUUGCUUCAACAUGUGCUCCCGGUUACGGGAAUUGGCGUUUAGGAGAAAGGUGUAUGGUUAAUGAUAAAUUAGGAACAAUUGCCUAUAUUGGUUUAACUAAAUUUUCUACUGGUGAAUGGAUUGGUGUUAUUUUAGAUAAACCAGAAGGUAAAAAUGAUGGUAUUGUACAGGGAACUAAAUAUUUUGAUUGUGAAAAAAAUCAUGGUUUAUUUGUUAAAGCUUCUAAAUUAGUUAGAAUAGAGGGAACACCCAAAGCAACUUCUAUAGUAUCAUCAGCUAGUAGGGUCCCAAAAAGUAAAUAUUCUAAAGAGUAUGGUUAUGAUGUGGAUGAUCGUGUAUUAAUGGGAGGUGGAAAGAUAGGUAUAUGCCGUUUUUUGGGCGAGACAAAUUUUGCAAAAGGUAUUUGGGCGGGUAUAGAAUUGGAUAGUCCUAUAGGAAAAAAUGAUGGAUCAGUUAAAGGUGAAAGGUAUUUUAAUUGCUUACCAAAUCAUGGUAUAUUUGUAAUUGCAUCCAAAGUUUCAAAGGCCCCUGUUGAUAAAGGUAGUAAUGUUCAAAUAAAACAUACUAAAACUUCAACAAUGCGCCAACGCACUGGUAGUCAUGGAAGUUUGAACUCAAUUGAUAGUAUGAGUGUGACUAGUUUUUCAAUGAGGCCGAGUAUGACGCCUAUGCGAAAUAAUGUAUUACGAGGUACAGAAGAUCCCAUUAUUGUAGCGUUACAAAAUAAUUUAAAGGAACGUGAUCAACAUAUUGAAAGGUUGAUGAAAGAAUUAGAUUUACAAAGAUCAGAAAUGGAAAGAUUUUUUAAAGGAUCAUCUAAAGAAGGUACUCCAAGUGAUAAUAAACAAUUAGAAGAUAAAACAAAAAUAUUAAAUGAAAAAAUUAAAGAAUUAUCAGAAAUUGUUACAGAAAGAGAUAGGUAUAUAGAAGAAUUAACUUUUCAACUGGAUGAAGUUAAAAUUAAUAAUGAAGUACUGGUACAAGAAGUGGAUAAUUCAAAAGGAAUAGCCGCUAAAGAUGAAGAUGAUUUGAUGGGAGCAGAAUUAAAAUACCAACAAGUUUUAGUUGAGAAAGAAAAAUUAGAACAAUCAUUAAAAGAUAUGACAAUGGCAAUUGAAAUGUAUAAAGAAAAAGAAAAUGAAUUAGGAAAAAAAGCGGGUGAUGUUAAUGAGAAAAUAAAAUUAAUACCAGAGUUGGAAGCAAAACUAGAUGAACAAAAAAAAUUAUUUGAUGAAUUAAAAAAACAAUCAUCUGCCAAGGAUACAUUAUUGGAGGAGGAAAAAAUUAAAAUAAAUAAAUUAGAGAGUGAGAUAGAUAAUAUGCAAUGUUUGGUUAAAGCCAAAGAACAUGACGUCAACAAUUACAUGGAAAAAUUUGAAAAUGCUCAGAAAUUGAUUGAUGAUCUCCAUAAACGAGAACAUUUGUUUAAAGAGAACAGCAAAAAUUUCAAAAUUGAUUUUGAAAAUGAGUUAAAAAAGAAUGAAGAAUUAAAAAAAAAUAUGGAAAUUGUAAUAUCCAAUCAAAAAGAGGAGUUUGGGAAAAUAAUUUCAAAUUUAGAGAGUGAAUUGGAUGUAUUAAAAAAACAAAAGGAAGAAUUGGAGAAUAUUACAAAAUCAGAGGGUGAUAGUAACUCUAGAUUAAAUAAUCUACUAGCCGAAAAAGAGAAUGAAUUGUCAAACAUGAGAGAAAAGAUAAAUAUUAAUGACAUGAAAAUGGAAGUUUAUGAAGAAAAAUUAAAAGUGGCUAACAAUGAAAUUGAAAAUCUUCGUCAAAAUAUUAAAAAUGAUAAGAAAAUAGAAGAAGAGUUUGUUAUCAAAAUAAAAGGUAUGGAAGAUAUAAUUUCGGAUAGAGAAAAAGAAAUUAUUGAUAUUAAAAAAAGUAGUAGUGAGGUUAUAAAGAAUUUAGAGGAAAAAAUAACGUUGAAUGAGGAAAAUUAUAAAAUAAAGGUUGAAGAGAUAGAAAAAAAUAUUAAAGAAAAACACAGUAAGUUAGAAGAAGAAAAACAAAUGUUGUCACAAAAAUGUAAAAUAUUAGAAAAGGAGAUUAUUACAAUGGCUGAAAAAUACGAUUAUAAUAUAAAAAAUGAGAAAAAUGAAGCUGAUAAACGGAUAGAAGAAUUGCUAAAUAAAGUUAAUACUUUAGAAUGUAAUAAUGAAAAACUUCAGCAUGAAUUAACAACUGCAAAAGAUGAUUUUGUAAAAUUAGUCGAUAAGAAUAAAGAGGAUAUGGAAAUAGAAAAUUCAAAUUUUUCAAAAAUAAAAAAUAAUUUGAUGGAUGAUAUUAAGGCAAAAGAAGUCCAAAUAUCAAAACUAACAGAUCAAUUAUCUAUAAAUGAAGUAGAAAAUGGUAAACUUAAGGGAUUUGUAGAAGAUUUGGAAAGUAAAUUGAAAAUAAAGAAUGAAGAAUUUAACAAAUUAUUAGAAGAAAAAUUAGAAGUAAUAAGAGAUUUUGAAUGUACAAAAAAAAUAUUUGUAGAUAAAGAAAAUGACCUUAAAAACAAAUUAAACAUAACUGAAAAUGAACGCUCCAAUUUAAUUGUUGAUUUAGAAUCAAAGAAAAAGUUAAUUGCAGAAUUAGAAAAUAAUAUUUCCAAUGAAGAUUUUAAUUUAAAGAAUGAAAAAUUAAAAAUAAUUGAAUUGUUGGAACAAAUAGGUAACCUUGAAGUAAACGUUAGUUCCUUAAAAUUGGAAUGUCAAGAUAAAGAAAAUAUUAUAAUUGAUAGCAAUGAUAAGUAUCAAAAAUUAAGUGACGAUAAUACAAAUUUAAAAAAUAUAAUUAAAGAAAAUGAAGAGAAAGUAAAUUUAUCACAAAAUACAAUAGUACAAUUAAAUGAAAAAAUAAAAGAAAUAGAAGAGGAAAAAACUUCUGUCUGUAAAACUCUUGAGGAAACCAGAAAAAGUUUAGAAAAUUGUAAAGAGGAAAAUGAAAACAAGAUUGUCAAUCUUCAAAAGGAAGUUGAUGAGUUGAAAAAUUCAAACCAGACUUAUGAGAUAUCUAUCAAAAAUAAAACUAAUGAAUGCUCUCAAUUAUCUACAACAAUCAAUGAUAAAGAAAAUGAAAUAUCAAUGUUAAAUGAAAAAGUAAAAAUGUUAAAUGAUGAUUUCCAAUCAUCUAUAGAAAAGUGUAAAGUUGUUGAAAAUGAAUUGAACUUGCUCAAAGAGAUACAUGAGAAAGAUAUUGCACAGGAAACAACGUUAUCAGGGAAAUUAUCUAAAGAUUUUGAAAAUUCAUUAAAGGAAAUAAAUGAGAAGAAUGCUAUGAUAGAAGAAUUGAAAAGAAUUAUUAACUCUUCAUCUUUAUCCAAUGAAAAAGAAAAGGAAUCGUUUAAUUUAAAACUAAAAGAGAUGUCAGAUAAGGAGAUGCUCAUGUCAAAAGAAGUUGAAAUGUACAAAGAAAAGUUAUUAACGUUGGAAGACAAAAUAUUAGAAUUAACCAACUCUUCUGAAAAUUCGUCUCAAAGAAUGUCAAAUUUAGUUUUAGAGUUAGAAACAUUAAAUAAAGUUUUGGAAGAAGAAAAGAAAAAAACAGAUGAAAUAAGGAGUGAGAAAGAAAGUAUGACUACAACAUUUAUGUUAAAAGAAAAAGAAUUAAAUAGUUUACUACUUUCAAAAGAUAAUGACAUAUCUGUUUUGAAAGAAAAAAAUAAAAACAUUGAACAGAAACUUGAAGAUGUUCUUAAGAAAUGUGAAACUUAUGAAACGUCUAUUUCCCAAAGUAAUACUAAUUACGAGGGAACUUUAGAUGUACUUAAUACAUUAAAGAAAGAAAAUGAAAAUAUAAAAAUUGAAUUAGAAUCAAAAAUAAGUAUUCUUGAGAAUGAGAAAAAAUCACUUAGUCAAACAAUGGAAAAUUUAAGAUCAGAAUAUCAAAAGAUGGAAGAGGGAUUUACAUCUAAAAUUAAUUUAUUAAAAGAAACUUCUGAAAAUGAAAUAGCUAAACUUGUUGAGGACAAAAAUAUUCUUCAAAAUAAAGUUUCUACUAUGGUUAAUGAAAAUAAACAAUUGAAUGAAAAAAUUGAUAGUAUCUUGUUUACUUCAAAAGAAAAAGAGAAUAGUAAAAUGGAUGUUGUUAGGGAAAAUGAGAAACUUAAUGAAAAAAUAUUUAACCUAGAGAAAGAAUUAAUUGAAAAAAGAACAUUAUACAAUGAUUUAGUCAAAAAGUAUGAGACAUUUGAAAAAGAAAAAACUGCUACAGUUUCAAAUGACAGUGACAAUACAAUCAAUUUAAUUAAAGAAAGGGAUGCUUUGAAAGAGGAAUUGAAUCAAAAAGUGUCAAUAUUUUUAGAAAGUGAAGAAUUAUGGGUUAAAAGGUAUGCUGAAAUUCAACAUGAAAAAGAUGAACUUGAAAAUAAGUUAAAUGAAGCAUCUAUAAAGGAAACUGAUAAUGAAAUAAUAUUAGGACUUGAACGUCAAGUAAAUUUUUUAAAUUCUAUUAUAGCUUCUCAAGAACAUAAAAUUAAAGUUUUGAAAGAAGACAAUAUUGCUUUGAAGACUAUACCUUAUGAGAGUGACCCAUUACCAUUAUCCAUAUUAUCACCUGAAAAAACAGUACGUUUAUACUGUGAUAUUUGUGAGGUUUUUGAUAAACAUAACACAGAAGACUGUCCCACUCAAGACCAAGAUUACCAAGAAACACAAUCACCAACAUCACUUAAACCAAAAUCAGAAAGAAAAAAACUACCUAAACGUGAAUAUUGCGAAUUUUGUGAGGAAUUUACACAUGACACAUCUAAGUGCCCUGAAGCUGCAGGUACUUUUUAA